UCCCCCACCAGGAUCAGCCCUGGUCCUGCUCCUGGUCCUGCUCCUGGUCCUGAUCGCGGAACAGAAGCUUCUUGUGUUCCCAGGCCUGGCGGAACGGGGAGGGCAGCUCGGGGAGGGGGCUCCCGGGACCCGGCUUGCCCCCAGCCCGCGGGCCCACUCCGGGGGAAGGGUGCUCGGACAAAAGGAGCUGGCGCCUUUAAGGCGGGGAGCCCGGGAACCCGCGGGGAGGGGACUUCUGGAUCCGGGGUAGAGGGCGGCUGCGCUGGACAGCCCGGGACGGGGCGAGGACCAGGGGCCCGCGGCCCCGCGGCCGAGGCAGCCUGGGAGGUGCCCAGUUCGGCGCCCCGCGCAGCGCCCGCCGCCCGCCCCCCGCAGGGAGCCCGCGGGGGUGGCUGGGCGGGGGCCGGACCAGCCGGGCAGCAUGUCUUGGUUUAGUGGUGUCCUGGUGCCAAAGGUAGAUGAACGGAAAAUGGCUUGGGGCGAACGAAAUGGGCAGAAGCGCCCGACCCGAGGAGCCAGAGGCAGUGGCUUUUGUGGUGCCCACUACAUGAGCUGCCUCCAGGAUGCUGAGCCACCAAGCCCUGCUCCUCCAGCCCCUGCAAGAUGUCCCUGGCAGGAUGAUGCCUAUUCUCGGAAGGGGGGCCCAGCUGGGGGAAAAGAACUGGGGCUGAGGUCUGUGGCCCUGGGCUUUGAGGACAGUGAGGCAGCAGCACCCACUGGGAUGCCUGGGAGUGCAAGUUCUUGUUGGCAACACCUGGCAAGGGUGUUUCAGUCAAAGCAGUUUCAAUCGUCCAAGUUGGAACGGCUAUACCAACGCUAUUUCUUCCAGAUGAACCAGAGCAGCUUAACCCUGCUGAUGGGGGUGCUGGUGCUAUUGACAGUUGUGCUUCUGGCCUUCCAUGCGGCUCCUGCUCACCCACACCCUGCCUAUGUGGCAUUCCUGGUUGGGGCUGCUAUUCUCUUUGUGGUCCUCAUGGUGAUGUGUAACCGUCCUGGCUUUCGCCAGGACUUCAUGUGGGUGGUGAGCUAUGUGGUGCUGGCUGUUCUGGCUGCUGUGCAGGUUGGAGUGGCCUUGGUGGCUGCCCCUCAAAGUGCCUCAGCUGGGCUGUGGUGCCCAGUGUUCUUUGUUUACAUCACCUAUACCCUGUUACCUGUCCGAAUGAGGGCAGCUGUGCUGAGUGGCCUGGGCCUCUCUGCUCUCCACCUGCUUGUCGCCUGGCAGCUCAACAGAGGCGAUACCUUCCUCUGGAAACAGCUCAGUGCCAACGUGCUCCUGUUCCUUUGUACCAAUAUCAUUGGCAUAUGCACCCACUAUCCAGCUGAAGUGUCCCAGCGUCAGGCCUUUCAGGAGACUCGAGGCUACAUCCAGGCUCGGCUACAUCUUCAGCAUGAGAACCGGCAGCAGGAGCGGCUGCUGCUCUCAGUAUUGCCCCAACAUGUUGCCAUGGAGAUGAAGGAGGACAUAAACACCAAGAAAGAGGACAUGAUGUUUCAUAAGAUCUAUAUCCAGAAGCAUGACAAUGUCAGCAUCUUAUUUGCCGACAUCGAGGGCUUCACCAGCCUGGCUUCCCAGUGUACUGCGCAGGAACUGGUCAUGACCCUUAAUGAGCUCUUCGCCCGAUUUGAUAAACUGGCUGCGGAAAAUCACUGCCUACGGAUCAAGAUCCUGGGGGACUGUUACUAUUGUGUCUCUGGAUUGCCAGAGGCCCGGGCUGACCAUGCCCACUGCUGUGUGGAGAUGGGUGUGGACAUGAUCGAGGCUAUCUCGCUGGUUCGGGAAGUCACAGGUGUGAACGUGAAUAUGCGUGUGGGUAUCCACAGUGGGAGAGUGCACUGUGGCGUCCUAGGCCUUCGAAAAUGGCAGUUUGAUGUCUGGUCCAAUGAUGUCACCUUGGCCAAUCACAUGGAGGCUGGAGGCCGGGCAGGCCGGAUCCAUAUUACCAGGGCCACUCUGCAAUAUCUAAAUGGGGACUAUGAAGUAGAGCCUGGCAGGGGUGGUGAACGGAAUGCCUAUCUCAAAGAGCAGCACAUUGAGACCUUCCUGAUUCUGGGGGCCAGCCAAAAACGGAAGGAAGAGAAGGCCAUGUUGGCCAAGCUGCAGCGGACUCGGGCCAACUCCAAUGAGGGGCUGAUGCCACGCUGGGUGCCUGAUCGUUCUUUUUCUCGACCCAAGGACUCCAAGGCUUUCCGGCAGAUGGGCAUCGAUGAUUCAAGUAAAGACAAUCGUGGUGUCCAGGAAGCCCUCAACCCUGAGGAUGAGGUGGAUGAAUUCUUGAGUCGUGCCAUUGAUGCCCGAAGUAUUGAUCAGUUGCGAAAAGACCAUGUCCGUCGAUUCCUUCUCACCUUCCAGACACCAGAACUUGAGAAGAAGUAUUCCCGAAAAGUGGAUGCACGCUUUGGGGGUUACAUGGCCUGCACGCUGCUAGUCUUCUGUUUCGUCUGCUUCAUCCAGCUCCUUGUCGUCCCACAUUCACUACUGAUGCUGGGACUUUACAUCAGCAUUUUCCUGCUGCUGACAGUCACAGUCUUGGUCUGUGCAGUCUAUUCCUGUGGUUCCCUAUUCCCAAAGUUCCUGCAGAACCUCUCCUGUAGCAUCGUCCGUUCACGGGCCCACAGCACAGCAGUUGGCAUCUUUUCUGUCCUACUUGUCUUCAUUGCUGCCAUUGCCAACAUGUUUACCUGUAACCAUACAUCUAUACGAGUCUGCGCGGCCCGAAUGCUGAACCUGACACCUGCAGACAUCACUGCCUGUCACCUGCCACAGCUCAACUACUCACUUGGUUCAGAUGCCCCUCUCUGUGAGGGUACUUCACCCACCUGCAGCUUCCCUGAGUACUUCAAUGGGAGCUUACUGCUGAGUCUUCUGGCUGGCUCUGUCUUCCUUCACAUAAGCAGCAUUGGGAAGCUGGUACUGACCCUUGCCCUAGGACUGCUGUAUCUGGCAUUGCUUUUGCUAGGGCCUCCAGCUGCCAUCUUUGACAACUACGACCUGCUGCUUCGUGCUCAUGCAUUGUCCCCUGUCAAUGGAACCCUGUACGGGCCAGACUGCCCUGCAGGUGAGAAGGUGGCCCUGAAGUACAUGACACCCGUCAUCCUGUUAGUGUUUGCGCUGGCACUCUACUUGCAUGCCCAGCAGGUGGAGUCAACUGCUCGCCUGGACUUUCUGUGGAAACUGCAGGCAACAGGAGAGAAAGAGUAUAUGGAGGAACUCCAGGCCUAUAACCGGCGGCUACUACACAAUAUCCUCCCUAAGGAUGUGGCAGCACACUUCCUAGCCCGGGAACGGCGCAACGACGAACUUUACUAUCAGUCCUGUGAGUGUGUGGCUGUCAUGUUUGCCUCCAUUGCAAACUUCUCCGAGUUCUAUGUAGAGUUAGAAGCCAACAAUGAGGGUGUCGAGUGCCUACGGCUGCUCAAUGAGAUCAUUGCUGACUUCGAUGAGAUCAUCAGUGAAGACCAGUUCAGGCAACUGGAAAAGAUUAAGACCAUUGGAAGUACCUACAUGGCAGCCUCAGGACUGAAUGCAGCCACCUAUGAUCGGGUGGGACGUUCCCACAUCACAGCGCUUGCCGACUAUGCCAUGCGGCUCAUGGAGCAGAUGAAGCACAUCAACGAACACUCCUUCAACAACUUCCAGAUGAAAAUUGGGCUGAACAUUGGCCCAGUAGUGGCAGGUGUUAUUGGGGCACGAAAGCCCCAGUAUGACAUCUGGGGGAAUACAGUGAAUGUGUCAAGUCGUAUGGACAGUACAGGGAUCCCUGACCGAAUCCAGGUGACCACUGACCUGUACCAGGUUCUAGCUGCCAAGGGCUACCAGCUGGAGUGUCGAGGGGUGGUCAAGGUGAAAGGCAAGGGGGAGAUGACUACCUACUUCCUCAAUGGUGGCCCCAGCAGUUAGCAGGACCCAGCACAAGUCUCAGCUGAAAGGAUGAAGCUGGGCAUUAAGUGGGCUCUGAUCCCACUGGGAGGAGCAAUGGAACAGAUGCCCUAGGGCUCCAGACUCUGCCAACCACAAAAGGGAAAAAAACCAGCAUGCUGGUGCUCAGGCUGUGCCUGGAUUGUGCCUGUUCCGCCCUUGAGCUGGUGAAUGAGGGAGCAAAAAGAAAAUUUUGCAAGUGACUUUAUUUUCUUAUCUGGGACUAGAACUGCCUGCUCCCUUUUCCCUUCUUCUACAGCCUGGAGGGCAGGGGGAGGAGAAAGAUCACAGAAAGGAAGAACUUUUCCUACCUUUUGUGGCUCAUAAGUCAUCCUUGAACCCUGCUAUUUUUCCUGGUAAUAGGACUCAGAAUUGGAGGGUACCUCACAGGUCAUCUAAUCCAGUCCAUAUCUAAAAAGAAUCCCUUCUAAGGACAUCCUCCACAAGUGGUCAUUCUUCCUUUGCAGGAAGUCUUAAGUAAUGGGAAACUCACUACCUCCCAAGAACUGCCCAUUCUACUUUUGGAUAGCUCUAAUUCUUAGGAAAUUUUUCCUUAGAGCCAGAGUUUGCUCCACACAUUGCUUAAAGUCCUGCUCUCUGGAGACAAGCAAAAGAAGCGCAAUUCCUUUAUCCCAUGACAAUCUUUCAAAUAUUUGUGUUUCUCCCAAGUCUUCUCUUUUCUAGUCUAAACAUCCCUAAUGACUAACCGAAUCUCCCCUGGCAAGGUUUUCUGGACAAGGCAACCAAGAAAGCCUGCUAGCCUUCCUUCAGAUGUGCUUCAGUUUGUUGGUGUCCUUUCUAAAAUGGGGGGGCCAGAACUGAACACAAUACCCUAGGUGUGAUCUGAUCAGGAUAGAAUACAGCCAAGUAGAACCUCCUUUGGUCUGGACCCUAUUCUGGUAUUAAUACAGCCCAAGAUGGAAUGAGCUCAGAGUGCCCUAUUCCGCUGACAUUGUAGAUUUUAAAAGUAAUAUCCAAUACUCCAAGUAUUGUAUUUGUAAAGUUUAUUAAAAUAUAACUUGAAGUAAAAAGGCUAGAGAAACAGAGAGAGCUCACCCAGUCUUGCCCCUGGGGAAGAUAUCGAGGGAGGCGUUCCCCAAAAAAACAGUAACGUAACGUCUUUGGACAAGAAAAGAGUUCUGGGAGAUGGAGUCCAAAUUUCUCUAAUUAUACAACAUACUGACCUUGUUGUCCAAGUAGAACGCUGGGACCUUUUUUCACAUAAGCUACUGUCUAAUCCCACCUCCCUCAGCUGUUACUUAACUUUUAAAAAAAAACCUAAAUGUAAGGUCUUUACAUUUAUUCGUAUUGAAUUUCUCCUACUAUUUUUAAGCCAUUGUUUUUGCCUGAGCCAGUCAAGGUGUUUCCAGAUCCUGGCUUUGUCAAUCCAAUAAGUUUGGUAUCCCUCCAAGCAUUGGGUCAUCUAGAAUUGUGAUAAACGUUCUGUCUACACUUUCCUCCAAGGUUUUGGUCAAAAUAUUAAACAAGACAGGACCAAAGACAAAGGCUUCCAGCGUCCAGGUCGACACUGAUCUGUUAAUUAUCAUUUUGGGGAGAGGAGUCUGUUUAUAAAUUUAACGAAUUGCAAAUCCAUCCAACUUUGCUCUCCUGUAGCCUGCAACUCUCCAUAACCUCCCAAUAUCCCAUGAGGUUUUUUCUAAAUGCCUCACUGAAAUCCAGCCAUAGACUUUGGCAGAAAAGUGACUUGCUGAUUAACCUGUGUUGUCUUAUAGGGAUGAUGACUUCCCUUUCUAAGUGCUCAAAAACAGUUGCUUUAAUAGCGUCAAGAAUUGGUGGGAGAGUGGGCUCAAGCCUGGGCGUCCCGCUCUCCUAUUUUCUGCUGCUCCUGAGAGCGUGUUGUUUAAAGACCAGAAUGGGUGUACAUUCUGUGCCUGCCUUCUUCAUGCCCAAUCCAUGCCUAUCCCCAGAAUGAGCUUCCUUUACUGACUUCAACCAGGUUCUUCUCUGCAAGCACUUACCAGGUUUGGGGAGAAGAAAGGAAAACAGAAAAAGCUUUUCAUGGAGAGCCCCACUUUUUUCAUCUUUCAAGAGAUAGUUUUUUCCCUACCCUUCUAGACUACUCCUAUAGGAGCUCAAGUGACCUCUUAUUCCUGCUGCCCCAAUUCUGCCAUACCCCUUAUACCUCUUGGGGAAUGGCAGUGGGUUUGAAUCUGGUGCUGUGAAAUGGGCUCAGGCCAAAUUCUGAAGGGAUGGAUGAUGUCACAGAAGUGAGCCAUGAUAUAAGUCAUCCCUAAGUGCCAAAGAGAGUGGUUCAGGGCACAGGUUUUUACCUGUGUCUUCUCUGCUCACAUAGGGCCUCAUUAGAAGAGAGAAGAAAUGUCGGGGUAUCCAGUCCCCUCUUGCACACUUCUUCCUAGCUGACCACUCAAGGAGGCACAGAGCUUCUCCACCUCCUUAGGUUCCUAGCCUAAUGUGUAAUAAAGGUAGGAACGGAUUUUAAAAGGCUUAGAUUGUGGCAGUGGGCAUGAUUGGCUCCUGCCCCAAACCCCAAAGUACAUAAUGCUAGGGCUAAAGAUGAUGUGUGUGUGUAGGGGGUGGUAUCUGGUUCUCUAGUCUUCAGCAGUCCAGGUUCUUCCUUUAGUGUGUUUCUGGUUUCUUAAGAGUAGGGCAGGGCCCUCAUCCUAGGGGAGUGGGGAGAGAAGUGCUCAGGUGGCAGCAGUAGCAUCGGCAGCAGCAGCAACAAUUCUGGCAGAAGGGGGACGCCAUGGGCUAAGGCUCUGUACUUUGUGUGCCAAAUUCCAAAGUGCCAUUUGUGUGGAGGCUAUAUGUGCUCCAUCACUGUUUUCCUGUUCUGGUGAGGAGGGACUAUCUCCCGAAGUUCCUUUUCCCAUUAAAUCUUGAGUUCUUUUGGGUAUGAUGGGCAGAGGCUCAGGAAUUUUAGGGGUGCCACUACUUUGGUCCUUGGAAAUUUUAUGCCUUCAAGAGCAGGGAGGCAUAGGGACUCAGAUACUAGCACUAGGGACCUUGAGGGUUCCCCUAAGCUCUGCCUUUCCCACUUUUGAACUCUGGGUCUCAGGUUUGCCUGGUCCCUUCCUUUUCCUCCCUCAUGUUCUAGAAGGACUGCCAGAAGAAGAGUAGGUCAGGAACCACAAUUCAUUCUCCUCCUGCUUCUUCCCUCUUUGCUCUCUGUCAACCUUCCUGCCUCUGGCUUGAGCUCGUUGGUGCCUUGCUUUCUCUUUUUAAUUAAACCUUAAGUCUAGCUAUACCAGCCUGGGUUAUGCUUAGAGAUCACUUUGCAGGAUAGCUGCAGAGUAAAGGGCAGACAUCCCUUGGGUGCCCAGAAAAAGGGGAGCACGACAACGUCCUCGAGCUCUUUUCUUCAAGGCCGAGUUAUCCUCGGGCCCAUUUUAGUGCUACUUCUUCCUCCUUUUCAGCUACCUAACUACGGGUAGAUUCAAGCAUCUAUAUCUAGGCGUGGGGACCAGGUACUUCCCCCACCCACGUUUUGCCUGUCUGGGGAAGGGCAGACCCCAAUAGGACAUUAGACCUCUCCCAUGAAAAGAGAAAGUGUGGCACAGUGGAUAGAGAGUUGGCUUAGGAGUCCAGAAGGCCUGGAUUCGGGGUCCAUGUGAUCUUUACGCAGGUGGCCUCACAGCCUCUCAGUACCUGUAGGUAGCCCUCCUUGGGUUGAAGUUGCAAGAGCAGGUGCUGAGUGCUCUGGGAAGUUUCCUCUCGCCAUGCAGUCUCAGACGCAGUACAAGGGUCACAAAAAGGGGUUCUUAUCCUUGGAAAGCAGGUAGGGCUGGAUAGGAGAAGAGUGUUCCGUGGUCAUGGGCCCCCGGCUGUCCCUUCUUGUUGCCCAGGGCCUGAAGGAGCCGCGCUGCUCCCUCCACUCCUAGUGCCAGGGUUCCUUUUCCCUUUGUGCCAUCUCCCUCCCUGCCUUCUAUUUCAAAGAGGAGUUUUAGGGGGAAGGUCGGGUUUGGUUUUAUAAUUCGACCACUGGAGAGCAGGGGGGCCGGGGAUAAUGCAACAUGUAUUUCAAUGAAAUAUUUAAUAUAUUUAAAUAUCAAUAAAAUGAAACUUUGUAAA